GCGACCAAGAUAGGUCGUGAAAAACGCGCUUCGAAAAAACCUGAAACACCAAGCUUUUUUGACAAAAGAAAUGCUGAGGAAGUUGACUUUCCCCGUGGUGGUGCUUCUGCCUUAAGUCCACUUGAAGUGAGGAAAAUCAAGAAUGAGGCUGAGAAGGAUGUUCUUUUUGGGAAGUCAUCAGUAGAUCCAGAAUUGCUCCCAAAAAGUGGAAAGAAAAGUAAGAAACCCAAGAAGUCUGAAGUGGAUGAUAGCAAGCCUGAAUUUAUAGAGAAGUCUAAAUCAAAGUUUGUGGAAACUCUGACUUUCAAGAAACUCUAUGUGGGAAUGAAAGUUCUGGGAGCUAUCCGCGAAGUAAAUGAAUAUGACAUGGCUAUAAGUCUGCCAAAUGGUUUGGGUGGAUUUGUUCAUAUUACAAACAUAAAUGAGAAGAUCACUGAGAGAUUAAAGAACAUCUUAGAGGUUGAUGAGAGUGGAAACACAGAGGACACACCAAGUUUCCCAGGGCUUGCAAAAUUCUUUACAGUAGGGUCUCUGGUGCAGUGUUCAGUCUUGGAAACUGAAGGCCCAAAACCUGGAAAAAAGAAAAUCAAAUUAUCUGUGGAUCCUAAAGAGCUUAAUAGUGGCAUCACCAAGUUAUCUUUAAAGCAAGGGAUGGUCCUUUCAGGGUUUGUAAAAAGUGUUGAAGACCAUGGCUACCUCAUAUCAUUUGGCAUUGAUGACACAACAGCUUUUCUACCAAAGACCAGUCUAAACAGAGAAUUUGAAGAGGGGAAUCCCCUUUCACUGUUAAUUAAGUCUGUGACAAAAGAGCAGAGAAUCAUAACAGUCAGCGUGGACACAGAUGAGGUUCAAGGUGCAAUGAUUACAGAGGAUAUGAAAUUGAAGUUCUCAGCACUUCUUCCUGGUAUGCUUGUCAAAGCAUCUGUAACUCAGGUGACUCAGAGUGGUCUGAUCCUGGAUUUUCUGGGAGGAUUUGAAGGAUCGGCAGACAUAAUUCAUCUUCCAAACUGUGGUGGGGAUGGAAAGAAUUUGGAAGAAACCUAUCCAUUGAAGAAAAAGGUGAAAUGUCGCAUUCUGUAUGUGAAUGCCAAUAAGAAGACAGUAGGUGUUAGCCUUCAAGAGACAACUGUACUCCAUAAAACUGCAACCUUUGGUCAUUGGUCAGUUGGUGAUGUCAUUGAUGAUGCCGCUGUGUUCAGAGUUGAUCAGAAAAUGGGUUUAUUUUUGAAUUUGUCCGAUGGAAUUCUUGGAUUUACUCAUAUUUCUAGAGUGUCAGAUGAGCAUGUGGAGAAACUGGGAAAGAAGUAUAAAGUUGGAAGCACUCAUAGGUGCCGUAUCCUUGGUUUCAAUUCGCUGGAUGGCUUGGUUAACCUAACUAUGGAAAGGUCUGUCAUUGAGCAACCAUUUUUGAGUUAUCGUGAUAUCAAGCCAGGAGAACUGGUUAAGGGAAAGAUAACGAGUUUAGAGAAGUUUGGAAUGUUUGUCUCUUUAACGGACCACAUCAAAGGCUUGUGUCGUACACUUCAUUUAGCAGAUAUAAAUCUUCAACAUCCAGAGAAGAAAUUGAAAGAAGGAAAAACUGUGAAAUGUAGGGUUCUCUCAGUUUGGCCAGAUCGACGCCGUUUGCUGCUCACUCACAAGAAGACACUGAUAGAGUCAUCGCUUCCAAUCAUCACUGAGUACUCUCAAGCACAGCCUGGAGUCAGUUGUCAUGGCUUUGUUGUAGCCAUCAAAGACUUUGGGUGCUUUGUAUUAUUUUACAAUAAUGUCAAGGGCUUGGUGCCACUACGUGAGCUUGGGAUUCCGGCCGAUACUGAUCCUCGCAGUGCAUUCUACCUUGGUCAAGUCGUGUUGUGCCAUGUGUUGAGUUGUGAGCCAGACCAGAUGAGGUUAAGGCUGUCGUUGAAGAAAAGUUCCAGGCCUGGCCCUGCUUUGGAAAAUGUCAACAUUACAACAUCUUUGUUAGAAGCUGAUGUAGUAAACAGCAGCGAGGAAGGGCUGGAUGUUGCACUUCUUCCUAGCGGUGCACCAGCAUUUCUUCCAGUUCCGCAUUUAUCAGAUCAUGUCGGCAACUGCAAGGCUCUCCUCUCUGUCUACAAACCCUCAACAAGAUUGACCAAUGUUUUUUGUUAUGGCAGGAACAAGAGGCAGGAAAUUACUGUUUCUUUGAAACCAUCUCUUGUAAAAGCUGCAUCUGAGGAAAGACUUAUUACCAGCUUUAACGACGUCGAAGUGGGAAUGAUCUUACCUGGUUUUGUCAAAAAAGUGAUGAGUUAUGGAGUGUUCGUUGAGUUUUCAACGGGAAUUUUUGGGCUUGCUCCAAACUCGUUUCUUGCUGAUCAUUUUGUGUCAGAACCCGCUUUUCACUUUCCUACUGGACGGACAGUUAUGGCAAAGGUCACUGAAAUUGAUGAAGAAAGGCAGAGAUUUCUUGUUAGCCUCAAAAUGUCCGACUGUUGCCCUGAAAUUAUCGUUGAAGGGAGUUCUGAUCCUGCUGUAGAGUUGUUGGAAAAUUAUCUCUUUGAGAGACAGAAGAUUGUUCAACAGUUGGCGUCCAGUUCAGGUGUGUAUGAGGACAUGGAGGCUCUGUUUUCACUUGGUCCAGGAUCCUGUGUUGAGGCAAAGGUUCUUAGUGUGAAAUUCCGAGGCAUCCUUUUACAGCUUGCCAACGGCGUUCAGGGUUUUACUCCCCACCAGCUUGCCAAAGGAGUAAGCUGUGAGCCAGGCGAAGUUGUGUUCGGCUGUGUUUUGGACUGGGAUUUCGAUAAGAAAUGUGUGAUUGUCUCAUUAAAUCCAGAACUAGUAGCUGAAAGGAAGGCCGUGGAGACUCAAAAAGAAAAACAAAAAAGGCUGAAACAUGGACGCAUUUUAAAGGCUUGUGUUCAACUAAUCAAGGAGAACUACAUUGUGGUGACGAUUCCUCAACACAAUUACCAGCUGGCGUAUGCACCUACUAAAAUGCAUUUGAACGACAUCAGAGAUGCAUCAAAGCGAUUUGCUGUGGGACAAGAAUAUUCUUCAAUAGUACAAAGACCAGUCAAGGCGAACGGCAGCCUUCUACCUUUAGUGAUCCUUCAAGAAAAACAAAUUGGAAAGGAAAAUGUCGUGCCUGGUGCUAUUGCCACAGCGCAGGUGAAGUCAGUUAAGGACCUUCAAAUGAAUGUGAAUUUGUGUAAUGGGAAAUUUCAUGGAAGAGUGCAUGUCACAAAAAUUUGGGAUGAGGUUGUACAGGGAGAGUCACCACUGAAGGGCUUCCACAAUGGGGAUAAAAUUCAAGUCAAGAUUCUUGGAUUUCGCGACGUGAAGACGCACAAGUACUUACCAGUAACGCACACCAAUUUCACUAAAUCUGUAGCCGAGCUGACAAUGAAACCCAGUGAGUUAUUAGAAGUCAGCGGUGAUCAGCAGAGUGCUUCAAAUGGAAAUACUGAAGGGGGCGGAGCUGACAAGAAACUUGUGGACUACCAAGUUGGGGAAGAAGUAAAUUGCUAUGUGAAGUCGGCCACAGAUUAUUGCGUGUGGAUGAUGUUGAGUCCAGCUGUAAACGGGAGAGUAGCGCUUCUACACGCCUCGUCUGACUUGGAGGUGUUGAAGUCCCUUAAAACUCAUUUCAAGCCUGGAGAUGGAUACAGAUGUGUGGUGUUGAGCGUGGAUGAAGAAAAAAAAUUGCUGGACCUUUCAAUCAAUGUCAAAGCUGGAUCUAAAAUCGAGGUCACCCAAGUGUUAACAGGCCAGGUUGCCAAGAUUUUUCCCGACCAAGGACUCCUCGUCCGGCUUCCCAUGUACAAAUAUGGUGUGGUCGGUCUCACAGACCUCAGUGACAAUUAUGAGGAAAAUCCUUUGGAAAGCUUUACAACCAUGCAGCUUGUUAGGUGUUUUGUCCUGUCAACGAAAAGCAAAGACGAAUUUGAUCUGUCACUUAGACCUUCAAGGACACAAGCAGUGGCAACAAUAAACGAGGAAGUUGCAAAUACUAACGAGGAGGAUCGCGAGAUCAACAGUAUAAGUGAUCUAAAAGAAGGGGACAUCAUCCGGGGCUUUGUUAAGAGUUGUUCUGAUGUGGGUGUCUUUGUCAGUCUGGCCCAUCACAUUGUUGGCAGGGUACAAAUAAAGAACUUAUCGCAGUAUUUCGUGAAGAACUGGAAGCCUUUAUUCCCCAUGGGAAAGUUAGUUAAAGGCAAAGUUUUAAGUAUUGACCUGAUCAAAGGACACCUGGAGUUGUCUUUGAAAGGGAGAGAUGUCGGUGGACCCGACCCAGCACCAAAACCAACGCGUUUAGAUGAAAAAGAGAAACGAGACAAAGAGAAGAAAGAACAGAAAAGGAAGAGAAAGAAGGAAAAAGAGAAUAAAACAAAGGACGGAUCAGAUGAUGAAGCAGAAGUUAUUUUAAAGAAACUCAAAGCAGAUUCCGAUCACGAGGACAGCCCUGAAAGUGAAAGCGAAGAAGAAGACGAGACAUCUGGAAACAUUUCAGAUGAAGAGGCUGACGACGCAAAUUCGCACAAAUCAAAUGGAGUACCAAGAUUGGAGAUUUCAAGCGGAUUUGACUGGAGCGAGGACGGAAAUUAUAGAGAAAGGACACAAAAGAGACAACAUGAGGAUAAUAACGACGAUGAUGAGAGCAGCGAGAGUGAAACUGAAGCCAGCGGACAGGUUGCUCGUAAGAAGAGUAAAAGACAGAAGAGGGCAGCAAAGAAAGCCGAAGAGGAGUUCUUAUACAAGACGGAACAAUCGCUUUUAGAUCAGGAUCGCUUGCCAGAGACUGCCGAGGACUUCGAUCGCGCUGUGUUAUCAUCGCCUAACAACUCAGUAGUGUGGUUGCAGUACAUGGCGUAUCACCUUCAUACCACAGACAUCGAUAAGGCACGAACGGUGGCCGAGAGAGCACUGAAAACUAUAUCAUUCAGGGAAGAGCAAGAGAAACUAAACGUGUGGGUGGCCCUAAUGAACUUAGAAAACCUUUACGGCACGCAGGAGUCCUUAGUUAAGGUGUUUGAGCGAGCCCUACAACAAAAUGAGCCCAAGAAAGUGUUCUUUCAACUUAUUGGUAUCUACUCAAGAACGGAUAAAACGGAGUUGGCCGAGCAGUUGUACCAUACGAUGGUGAAGCGGUUCAGUCAAAGUAAAAAGGUGUGGAUCGGCUUCAGUUUGUUCUAUAUGAAGCAAGGAAAGCUUGACUUGGGCAGGAAAUUGUUGCAACGAAGUCUAAAAAGUCUGCCGAAGAGGAAACAUAUCGAAACUAUAGUCCAAUUCGCCCUGCAUGAAUUCAAAUAUGGUGAGCCACAGCGAGGGCAGACAAUGUUCGAGAGCAUUCUGACCAACUAUCCAAAAAGGAGCGACCUGUGGUCUGUGUAUCUGGAUAUGAUGAUCAAACAAGGAGACAUUGAACCUGUUAGGCAAAUUUUUGAAAGAGUUAUCCACAUCAAUCUGUCCUCGAAAAAGAUGAAGCUCUUUUUCAAGCGGUAUCUGGACUUUGAGCGGCAGUACGGUGACGCACUCAGUAUAGAAAAUGUCAAGACUAAAGCAGUGGAGUAUGUUGAAUCAAAGGCGGCCCUGAUUUAAGAUACCGUUUAGUCCUUGAAUUUCUUAAGGUUGCUUCGAGGCUGUAGCAGUAGUGAUUAUGCUGGCGGUGCCACUCUUUGGAGUCGCUGGAGCUCGCGAUAGAAGUCAAAGAUGUUCCUAAGUGACAUGACAUUUUCUGGGGAAAUAAUUUGUGACGACAAACUCGUCUUUUUUCGUUUUUGUCCAACGACAAAACAAAUGAAUUAUUCUUAUAGGAACUUAUUAGAUAAAAAAGAAAGGCUAUAGAGAAAACUCAAACCACGAGGGAAAAACAUUUUUUAAAAUUUAUUUACUCUACGCAAAAAGAUCAAUGUGAGACUACAUUUUUAUGCAUUCGAACUUUGGCCCUUGAGUUUUCCAUUUUACUGAAUAUAAUAUUUUUACUCUGAUGAACGCAAGGAGUGGAGGCGUUUCAUAAAUGAACUGUGCUCUUUGAAAGUGAGGGAGUUAAAAGUUCUGCGAGGAGGUUUUUGUUUCGGGGAAACUUCUCACUGAAGUUUCGCAUGUUCGUGUCUCUGGUGCAAA